ACUGCUCCUGUUUCUCUCUCUGUCUCUCUAUGCAGUGAGGUUUCAGACUUAGCAGAUCAGAGAGAUAAGGUCAAGUUUUAGGGUUAGGGUUUCCUUGAUCUUCACCUUCUGUUUCUCUUUUGUACUUAUGCCUAACAUUUCCCACUUCUUCCAACUUUUUGGAAGUUGUGUUGGCUUGUAUACCCUAGGGUUUCUCCAAGACAAGAAAAACAAGUCAGUACUGUUUCAAACUAAGGAAGAAGGAGAUGGGUCAUCACUCAUGCUGCAACAAACAAAAGGUCAGAAGAGGUCUCUGGUCACCUGAAGAGGAUGAAAAGCUUGUUAAGUAUAUCUCCACCUAUGGUCAUGGCUGCUGGAGUUCUGUUCCUAGACUAGCAGGGCUUCAAAGAUGUGGCAAAAGCUGCAGGUUAAGAUGGAUCAAUUACCUCAGACCUGACUUGAAACGUGGUAGCUUCUCUCACCAAGAAGAGUCUCUCAUCAUUGAACUCCAUAGAAUCCUAGGCAACAGAUGGGCACAGAUAGCUAAACAUCUGCCAGGAAGAACAGACAAUGAAGUGAAGAACUUCUGGAACUCAACUAUAAAGAAGAAGCUCAUGUCUCAUGCAGUGGAUGGACUCAAUACAAUGAUCACUACUUCACCUAAUGAGGACUUGUCACAACUAGUUAACACAUAUCCAUCUGGUCACUUUUACUUUUCACCCUCUGAUCACCACCUUUUCAUCCCAACAAGUUCUUGUCCUUUGGAUCAUCAACUCAUGAAUCAGUACUACAACCACAAUUACUCUUCUUCAGUGAUCUUUGAUAUAAACUCAUCAGUUUCUUUGCAGUUUCAAGAAGAUAAACAAUUGCCUCCACUGGUUGCAGACAUUCAAGACCAUCAUGCAAGUGCUUUACAGUCUCUGUCAGUGUUGCAAGAAAUGGGACCUAGUGUUAGGACUUACCCUAAUCCUACAGACUACCUGGAUGUGCUCAUUGGCUCAUCUUCUUUAGCAUCAGCAUCUUGUGGCAGUAACCUUGCUAUGAACCCUUACAUGCAGCCAUUUUGGGCACCUUGAUGUGUAUUAAUUUCUUGGAUUAAAUGAGAAAUUAAUUUUAUUAGUUUAGGGUUAAUAUAUAUAUAUAUGAAUGUUGGAAUAAGGAUGUCACAUGGAGAUACCUUAAAUUUGCUACUUGUAUAGGGUCACUAGAGCAAUGAAUGUGAGUGUAUAUGCACCUCCAAUAUUAGUGAAGUUGCUUAAUAAUGCUACUGCUGAUAGC